AUGGCUCCGAGUCCAUCAACGCCGAUCACUCUACGAGAGUUGAUCGACGAGGAGAUGGCCACGCCUCCCAGUCCUCGUCAGACUAUUAGCACCGAAGCGCCAUCAUCAACACGAUCUGGACACGCUCCCGGCACACCAAAACCGCCUUUCGAUCCACCAAGAAGAAGGUCUUCGCUGCAUUUCUCCCGCGCAUUUUCAUGCUCGCCGGCUCCUGACACACGAGAUGACGUCUCGAUCGAUCUGCCAGCCUCGCCGCGAGAAAUCGAGGCGGACAGGGGCAAGCAGACACCUUCUAAUAUUGGCCGCCGAAGAGCACCCAUGCCUGUCACGACAAGCGUCACGCCGGGUCACGUUGCACAGAUGCAGAGAUUAUUUCAAUCUGCCAAGGCCUCACUUCGCCUCGACAUGGCCUUCGCUGCAUCUCCGACAGGAUCUAUCGGCUCACCCGCUGAUGACCCAGCCGCGGUUACGGAAGACACAACAGAUGCGAAAAAAGCAUGGAGAUACUCAACAGCACCAGGCAUCUUGCUAGGGUACGAUCGUGAUGUACGGGAGCCUGUCCCAGGAGCAUCGCCGCCGUUGCCGACGCCAUCGAGUGAGACAAAUGUCGUGCCUGGUCGCGAACCCAUCAGUAGUGGCUUUAACACGCCUGAAGCACCAGCAGAUAUUGCCAACGAGAGCGCUGACGAACCAAGGUCAAGUCCGCCAGAUACCGCCUUAAAGGGACACGACAUGAUCGAGCUUCAAGAGCAGCUCGAAGAACUCGGGAUGGGUGGUGAUGUGAUCCAGAGUCCGAUGGCGAUAGACGAGUCUCCAUUAGUCGCCCGUCUCAAGCGGCUUUCGGCAGACGCACAACAAAUCAUGGAUGUAAGCGAGGACUUGGUAGUCGAUGAGCCAUCUGACAGCGAGAUCUUCCUGUCUGAGCCGGCGAAGGCCGCUGCUGCGUCGGCAAAGGAGAAGCGAGGAAUUCUGAGGAGCUUGUUCCACCUUCACAGGUCUUCUCAUGAAGUAUUGUCUCCAGCGGUGGUUCCUCAGCAAGAAGAUGGCAAAGGCAAACAAUAUCGAUGA